CGCCCCCUCACUCUCGGGAGGACGGACUGUCGGACUCUCACCCCGCGGCGUCGAGUUGCCUUCUUCCCCCAACACCACGCCCUCGCCCCUCCUCCGACCGUCGCAUGCAUCGCGUUCCAAAAUUUUCAAAACCCCCCAAUCCCUCGGAGUCGGACACUCGGAGGGAAGCCAAAAUUUUCGGCCCCGCGUCGCCCCGCAAAUCUCCAAAUCCCCAAUCCCCCGCACUUAGAUCCCGACACGGCGCUCUCGCUCUCGGAGGCGGAACCCUAAGCCCAAUCUGCCAAUCCGAUUCGAGAUUCUAGGGUUUCGCUCGCGCGCCCAUGCCCUAGCCUCCGCCGCCGGUGGUGCUGCCAUGCUCGCGUCCCGCAUCCCUCUCAAGCGCUGCACCGCCGCCGUCCCGGGCGCCGUUGCUACCAACAUGCCGCCCGCCAAGCGCCGCCGAGAGCGCGUGCCCCCGUCGCGGUUCAGGGACUCGCUGCUGCUGCCCGCGAAGAAGCGCGCGGCCGUGUCGACGGACGGGGAGGGGGAGGAAAAGGACGGGCACGGGGAGGUUUACGAGGUGGAGGUGCAAGUGGCCGAGCCCAAAGGCGCCUCCUUUGGCCCCGUGGAGACCGUGGUGUGGAUUCCCCAGCCGCCGCCCCCCUCAGAAGUUGAGCUGUACCGGGCGUGCAGGAAUAUCAGCAGGAGCGGGAGCUGCGGGGGUGCUUCCAGCGGCAGUGUGGUCACGUCCGUGAGCAAUGCCGGCACGGACGGCGGUGCUGGUAGCAAUGGCGGGCCGGAGGAGAAGCCUGUAGUGGUGGAGGGCAAACCCAAGAGGGAGAGCGGUGAAAAGAAGGAGGAUUUCUUCUGGCCAGAGGAUUUUGUGCUUGGGGACGUCGUGUGGGCGAGGUCGGGGAAGAAGUGCCCGGCGUGGCCCGCGCUGGUGAUUGACCCUCUGCUGCAUGCGCCGGAAGUCGUGCUUAACUCCUGCAUUCCCGGCGCGCUCUGCGUCAUGUUCUUCGGGCACUCUGCUGGCGGGCAUGGCAGGGACUACGGAUGGGUUAAGCAAGGGAUGAUCUUUCCCUUCGUAGACUAUCUAGACAGGUUUCAGGGACAACCUCUGUAUAAGCUUAGGCCAAGCAAAUUCCGUGCAGCAAUUGAGGAGGCUUUCCUUGCUGAACAUGGCUUUUUUGAUAUCCAAAUGGAUGGGGAGUGCUCACUGCAAAAGUCUGUCAAUGACCAGUCUUUCCCUGAUGGCUUUCAGGAAGGGGCUGCUUCGAAUAACGAGCAGGAGUGUCAAUCUGUGUCUCAGGUUGUUGGUAAAUCAGCACCAUGUUGUGAUAGCUGUGGUAACUGCCUACCAUCCAAGGUUUCAAAGAAAAAGAGGCAAGAGGGAGAGCAGUUGCUUUGUAGGCACUGUGAAAAGCUAUUGCAGUCCAAGCAGUACUGUGGCAUAUGCAAGAAAAUUUGGCACCACACAGAUGGUGGAAAUUGGGUUUGUUGUGAUGAGUGCCAGAUUUGGGUUCACAUUGAAUGUGACCUGACAUGCAGCAACAUGGAGGACUUAGAAAAUACAGAUUAUUUUUGUCCCGAUUGCAAAUCAAAACGCAAAACAGUGCCAGCAACUGAAAAAACGAACACUUCCAACAGUUCAGAAUGUGCUAGCACUUCUAAGGAAAAAAUGCCUGAAAGGAUACCUGUUUGCUGCAACGGGAUGGAGGCACUGUAUGUACCAGAGAAGCACAUGAUACUAUGUGAAUGUAAGUCUUGCAAGGAAAGGAUGAUGAGUCUGAAUGAGUGGGAGAAACAUACUGGCUCAAGGAAAAAGAAUUGGAAGAUGAGUAUUAGAGUCAAGAGCACUGGGGAACCACUCAUUAAUUCGCUGGAUGGUGUCCCCUGUGGGAAUGUAAAGUCUUCUACCCCUGGCAUUAAUGAAGAAGAACUGCUAAAAUUGCAAGCAAACUCUUACAGUCCAGUCUAUGCUAAAUGGACAACGGAACGUUGCGCUGUUUGUCGAUGGGUUGAGGAUUGGGACUACAAUAAAAUAAUCAUUUGCAACAGAUGCCAAAUAGCUGUCCACCAAGAGUGCUAUGGAGCAUGUGUUGUACAAGAUCUUACAACGUGGGUUUGCCGAGCAUGUGAAUUGCCCCAACAAAAAAGAGAAUGCUGCCUAUGUCCUGUCAAAGGUGGUGCUCUCAAGCCAACAGAUGUUGACCAACUGUGGGUUCAUGUUACAUGCGCUUGGUUUCAACCUAAAGUCUCUUUUCCAGUUGAUGCGACAAUGGAGCCAGCUAUGGGCAUACUGAGCAUCCCUGUAGAGUACUUUAAGAAGACAUGCGUUAUAUGCAAGCAGAUGCAUGGUGCCUGCACCCAGUGCUGGAAAUGCUCUACUUAUUACCAUGCAAUGUGUGCAUCAAGAGCGGGAUAUCGCAUGGAGUUGCAAUACUCUGAAAGAAAUGAUAGGCACGUGACAAAAAUGGUUUCCUACUGUGCUUUUCACAGUACUCCCGACCCAGACAAUGUGUUGGUAGUGAAGACACCUGAAGGAGUUUUCUCUACCAAAUUUUUGCUCCAAAGUAGUGAGAAACAGACUGCUACAAGACUUGUCAGGAAGGAAAAUCACCCAGAGAAGGUGCUUCCUGCUAAAAUUUCUGACUGUCCAGCUGCAAGGUGCCUAACUUAUGAAAUGCUGAAAAACAAGAAAGAACCACAAGAGGCAAUUGCACACCGAAUAAUGGGACCACAACAACAUUCCCAAGAUUUGAUCGAAGCUUUAAACACAUGCAUGGAUCAUAAUGAUGACCAACUAUUUUCUACGUUUAAAGAACGGCUUUGUUACUUACAGAAAACUGAAAAUAAGAGGGUCUCUUGUGGUUUAUCUGGAAUACAUGGAUGGGGUCUCUUUGCUGCUAGGAAAAUUCAAGAGGGGCAAAUGGUUAUCGAAUAUCGUGGUGAACAAGUUAGACGCAGUGUUGCUGAUUUGAGGGAAGCACGGUACCAUAGAGAGAAAAAGGAUUGUUAUCUGUUCAAGAUAAGUGAAGAUGUUGUUAUUGAUGCCACAGAGAAAGGAAACAUAGCCCGACUAAUUAACCACUCGUGUAUGCCAAACUGCUAUGCAAGGAUCAUGAGUGUUGGUGAUGACAAGAGCCAGAUCAUUCUUAUUGCCAAAAGAGAUGUCUCUGCAGGAGAAGAACUAACUUAUGACUACCUGUUUGACCCUGACGAGUCGGAAGAUUGCAAAGUUCCUUGUCUGUGUAAAGCUCCUAACUGCCGUGGAUACAUGAACUAGAAUAAACCAUCUCACAAGGACUAACCUCUUACAAAUGCCGAAGGCCGGGCAUUUUCCAAUAUCCAGCCAUCAGAUUCAUUUGUUUGUUUUCUCGUUUGGUUUCAAUUUAUGCGUGGCUGCCGAUAUGCAACAAGUGUGUGUUUCGUCACAGAUUUUGUUUAGAUUGCAAGAUAGGAUCAACCGGGUUAGGUAAAGAUUACUGACAGCCACAGCCCGCCGUUGUAUAUUCUUCCAUUGAUGUAAUAAAGAUGCUGCUUUCUAAAUGAAAUAAAAAAUCUAUUCAUCGCAA